UUUCUCAACUCAUUUUCUAUUCUUAAACGUCAGACAUCCCCUUUUAGCUUUCUUUUCAUUUAAAUUACAUCUUUUUUCCCUUGAACUUUUUCUUUUUGAAUUCCCUUUCCCGAGAAUUUAUUUUAUCAAUAUUUCCACUUAAUCUAUCGGUUUUUCUAUCAUGAUGGCUACUCAAGUUGCAGGUUACACGGUGAUCAAUCCUACUGAACUUAAUAUUACUUUUGAGGAAGCCAUGACCCACGCUCAACGCACCGGAGCGUUUCUACAAGAGAUGCUCCGCAUGCUGGAACCACCCCAGGUUAAAAGCAAUGAGAUCGCCAAGGAUGCUUACAACGAGUGUUUGCAGCUCAAGGAUUAUUUGGCUGAUCAGCUGUGGUGUGUCACUGAUGCGGAUAAGAUUGCGGAACUUACGGAUGCAUUAGAGACAUUAUCACGAGCUUGCAGCAAUUACGAUAUGAUGAAAGAUGUCGCCGAAGGAGAUUGGGAAUUGGUGGAUGUGCGAGUACCUAGCUUCUAAUAGUUGAGGUUCAACUCGACAAAAAUUAGAAAAAUGGGUCAUACGUUUAUAUCAUGCAUUAUCACAUUUACCAAUAAUAUCAGCAAACAGAAAAAAAACCAUAUCGUCUCUUAAUUGUUGCUUGCUCUAUUUGAU